AUGCCGCCGAAUGGAAAAUGUCUUGCGAUUCCCGUGCUGCUGGUGAUGAUCAUCCUUUGUGAAAUAAGAACUGGAAUGAUCAACAGCUGGAUGACGGGACAAGCAGUAAGAUCGUCCAAUCAAUGUAUGAAAAAAUUAGGAAGUUACAAAGAAUAUCCUGUUGUUGUGCUUGGAUGCUUUCCUGCAAGUGGAUCGAGUCGCGUCCGACGAGCAAUUGAAGACGCCACAGGUGUUUACACUGGCAGUUCAAUGAACGAAGAGUACUUCCACAAGCUCGGAUUCGAAGGAGAACUCGAACAAUAUGCAUCUGGUCGUGUUAUUGCUUCGAAAAAUCAAGGAAUUGCAUUCGUUGAAUACACAGAAGGCAUGAUUGUUUUAGGAACAGUGCGCAACCCUUACGACGCGAUCACCGCCGACUUCCAUCGCCAGGCUCGUCAAGCUCAUUUAGGCUACGCGACUCCGGAAGAAUACGCUCAAAGUGAAGAGUGGCAAACCUGCAAAGAAAGCUACAUCAUGCGAUGGUCGGCAACUGCGCUCUUCUUUGCACAGUUUGCAAAUGUUACGGAGGUCCCGUUGAAGACAGUUUUCUACGAAGAUUUUGUGGAGAACCCAGUUCAAGAAACACACAAUAUUCUUGGAUUCUACAAGAAAAACUUUGAUUUCAAGCCGAAAAAUCUCAAUUGGGACUGUGUAACAAAGGGACAAGAAAUGCUCGAAAGCAGAGAUCAUUCUGUUCACAAGACCGAUAUCUUCUCAGAGGGAGAUAUCAAAGCGCUGGACACAGAAGUUGCUUACUUACAGGAUCGGCUCAAAUCACUGCUUUCAUUUUUCAAAGCGCUGAAGCUACCCGACGUCCCAAAUAGCUAUUACCACAGUGGAAAAGCUCCAAAGACCCUCCCAUCGCCAGAAGAUGCAAUCAACGCGCAUGGAACAAUGACAAAAAUUAAACGGGCGAUAACGCCUCGCUACACGUUUAUCAAAGAAGGCACCUACGAGUUUCACAAUCCUCAAUCGACAAGUUUCCUGCAGUACGGCUGGAUAAACACAAAGAAGUUGUAA